GGCUGAGUUAAUAAUAGGAGCGCGGUCGUUGGGGGGAGUGUCGACCUGUUCUCAUUGGAUCCAUUUCGUCUGAGAGUUUCUGCUGAAGUGCGAGUGGGAGGAGAUUUUCCAGGAUAUCAAAAAUACCCCCCCACACGUCGAAGGAAGAGCUGAAAGUAUAAAUACCAGCGUUGAGUCCAGACAGCAGCCGAGCUGCUGAGCGGUACAACAAGACUCAGUCUGCUUUGGGGAAUUAGAAAAAAAAAAUCAACAACCCAGACAGUCUUAAAUCAAACAGCAGACUUACUGUAACCGAGUCUGCCCCACUGCACUGAGGAAUCUGAUUGAAUUUGAAGGCAGCUCAGAGUGUAGGAAGAAAACCUUUCCAGAAGGCGCAUCCAUUACUGAAAUAAAGGACAUACAUUGUCAUCAGUUAUUUGUUUACUUUUUUUUGGAACGUGCCACUCAUUCCUACUGCAGAAGAUGCGCUCCACUGUGCGUUUGGUCUUUUUAUCCAUGUGCGUAAUGAACGCGGCUCUGUCCUCCUCAUUUGAAUCAGAGGAUGUUGUACCUGUUCGGAUAAACUCAAGAACCAACGGUCGGUUCUGGAAACGGAGCGGGGAAGAGCAGAGAUUCGUUAUCCACGCAUUUGGCAAGGACAUGACUCUGAAUCUGGUGCCUGACACCAGCUUCAUCGCUCCGUCCUUCUCCAUCCAGCGACUCAGCUCCAGAGAUGCUGGUGCUUUACGCAGCGCCUCAGGUGACAACGACGCUCCGGAGCCAGAGCUCCAGAUGUCCCCGAGCCGUACAGAGGACAGUGAAGGACAACUCAGGAGCUGCUUUUACUCCGGGACCGUGGACUAUGACCGUAACUCGGUCGUGGCUGUCAGUCUGUGCUCCGGCAUCUCCGGUGCUUUCAUCACCAAGGGGAACGACUAUUUGAUUGAGCCCAAACACGGCGCCAGUUCGGGGCCAGACAAUACCGAGCAUCUGCAUGUGAUAAAAAGGAGGACUGUCGCCAAAGGUCACGGCGUUUCGGUCCUGUUCAAUCGAACGGCGGAGGAGCGCGGAGCGGAGAAGGGAGACGGGGAAACUUUUACGCACAGCGACAGUGACGCACGAGGACAACCCCGAAGGAGACGCUUUGUUUCCGCGCCACGGUUCAUAGAGACCCUGGUGGUGGCUGACUCAACCAUGACCCACUUCUAUGGAGAUGAAAUAAAGCAAUACAUUCUGAUCUUGAUGUCCAUGGCAGCGCAGCUCUACAAACACCCCAGCAUAAAGAAUUCCGUUAACAUGGUGGUCGUCAAGAUGAUAAUCGUGGAGGAUGAAGAAUUGGGCCCCGAGGUCUCCAGCAACGGAGGCGUGGCUCGGAGAAAUUUUUGCUCUUGGCAGCAACAUCUCAAUCCGCAGAGCCAGAGGCAUCCGGAGCACUAUGACACUGCCAUGCUGUUCACCAGAGAGGACAUCUGUGGACAGAACAGCUGUGACACACUGGGCGUGGCCGAGGUGGGGACGAUGUGUGACCCUAAGAGAAGCUGCUCCGUCAUAGAGGACAAUGGCCUGCAGGCGGCCUUCACAGCUGCACAUGAGCUCGGUCAUGUGCUCAGUAUGCCGCACGAUGACUCCAAGACCUGUGAGCGGCUGUUUGGGGAGCUGGGGGGACAUUACCUGAUGGCUCCCUUGUUCGUCAGCCUUAACGACACGGCGCCCUGGUCUCCCUGCAGCGCCCUCUACAUCACAGAGUUCUUUGACAAUGGACUCGGGGACUGCCUGCUGGACGUGCCCGAGAGUCCCAUGCCAUUACCCAGUGAGCUUCCAGGCAUCAAGUACAGCCUGGACCAGCAGUGCCAGCAGAUCUUUGGAGAGGAGUUCUCCCACUGCCCCAACACCUCAGACAGUGACGUCUGCAGCCAGCUUUGGUGUCAGGAGGACGGGACCACACAAUGCACCACCAAAAAUGGCAGCUUGCCCUGGGCAGACGGCACCCCCUGUGGCCUCAACGAGACCUGCCUCCGAGGAACAUGCAUGCCAACCCAGGAGGUGAUGCGACCACUGGUGGUUGUGGACGGCGGCUGGAGUUCGUGGGGACCGUGGCAGCAUUGCUCCAGAACGUGUGGGGGGGGAGUGGAGUUCUCCUACAGGGAGUGCAACGAUCCUGUACCACAGAAUGGAGGGAAAUACUGUGAGGGCCAGAGGAUGAAGUAUCAGUCCUGUAACACUUCACCGUGUGAUGAUAAUGGGAAGAGCUUCAGAGAGGAGCAGUGUGAGAAGUACAACAGCCCCCACUAUCUGGACUACAAUGGAAACAUGAAGCAGUGGAUACCAAAAUAUGCUGGCGUCUCUCCCAGAGAUAGAUGUAAGCUGUCCUGCAGAGCCAGAGGCAGCAGUGAAUUCAAGGUGUUUGAGUCCAAGCAGGUGAUCGAUGGCACCACCUGUGGCCCUGACACCACCUCUGUGUGCGUCCAAGGCCAGUGUGUGAAAGCGGGCUGCGACCAAGUGAUUGGGUCCAACAAGAGAGUCGACAAGUGUGGGGUGUGUGGAGGAAGUGGGCUGAGCUGUAGAAAGAUCACAGGCUCCUACAACAAACUGACCUAUGGAUACAGUGACAUUGUCACAAUCCCCAUUGGUGCCACUAACAUCGACAUCAAACAGCGGAGCAACAGAGGUUUUAAAAAUGAUGGGAACUACCUGGCAGUGAAGAGAGAGGGCGGCAGCUACAUACUGAACGGUAACUUCUCUGUAUCCACUGUGGAGCAGCACAUCCCGGUGCUGGGAGCUGUGCUGAAGUACAGCGGCUCCUCCACCACUCUGGAGAGGAUCCAGAGCUUCAGACAAUUGAAAGAGGCCAUCACCAUCCAAAUCCUGGCCACUGCCGGUGACUCCAACCCACCAAAGGUUAAAUACACUUUUUUCAUUCCUAGAGAUGUGGCCUUAAACAAAUUCAAGGAUAAAAAAGGUUUGUCACCGUCUCUGCACGUCAUCCAUCCUUUUGGCACGCCAGAGUGGGUGCUGGGGGAGUGGUCUGAAUGCUCCAAGAGCUGUGGUUCUGGGUGGUCCAGGAGAAACGUUGAUUGCCUCGACAUUGCAGGCUUCCUCUCCAACCAGUGCGACAAAGACCUGAGACCUGUGGACAUCAGGCCUUGCGGGGAUGUGCCGUGUCCCAUAUGGCAGUUGGGACCUUGGUCCUCCUGCUCACGAACUUGUGGCCAGGGGGAGCGGCGUCGCAGCGUCUUCUGCAUAGACUACACAGGGAAGACUACUGAUCCAGAGAAGUGCGAUCCCAACAAGGUCCCGCAGACCGUCUUUGGAGACUGUUUUAAUCAGGAGUGCUUAUGAGGAACACCAAUUUUGAAACGGUCUAGCUGCACUUACCAAAUACAGAUGGAUGACAACAACACACGCAAGGCACAGGCCUCGUGAAUAGCAGACGUGAUGAGAGAGAGAGAAAGAGAGAAAAAAAACCCACAAGGAGACACAAAACAAAUGCAAAAUGGUGUAAGAGAGAUCAGCAAUGAAACAAAAUCUCUUCAGCGUGACACAGAUUGACCACAAAGACAGAGUGAAAUGACUACUUUGUGCAAACUCAAAUAAAAAAACCCAUAAUAACCCAUGAGAAAACCAAAACAAACACACAAAAUGACCACCAAAUGAGAAAGUGAUACUGAACUACCAAUAAAUCACGAGAGAAGAAAAACAAAAAAGAAUAACUGCACAGAAAACGACAUCAGAUUGGUGCAAAACUAGAAUUACUUCUUUGUGGCGUACAUAAAUUAUAGAAAAAGUAAACAAAUUUAAAAUACAUUUUUAGUUUUAAUGUAUCUCCACAUGUGGCACGUCCUCAUCUGAAAACUUUGGGUCUUGAACAGGUUUGUGGCCGCGGGCCCAGACACUGGGUUCCAAUAUAUUCAUGUUUCCGACUUGUGGCAUCAAAGGCCUUUGCCUAUUUCUUGUCAUUUUGUGUUGACAUUUAACAACCACUAUUGAAACAAUGAAAAUCUACCUCAUGUGAUGUAUGUAUAGAGGAAGGUGCUGUACGUGUAUGUGUGAGUGUCUAGGAACUUUUAUUGUCCUGCUUUCUGGGUACUCUUUGCUCACUUCUGCCGAUUUUUUUUUUUUUUCCGUCUUUGUGAUUUAGUUAUCCUGUGGGAUGGGGCAUUUAAACCUGCUGUCAACAGCUGCCCAGUGAAAAUACAGUUUACCUCCAUUCCUCCUUCGGUACCCUCUGCGCUUUAAAAAGCUUUGACCCAAACAUCAACUGUAAUUCACGUUUCCUCACACACAGCUCUGUAUCCCCAUGAGUGAGCCGCAAGGACAACGAGUCGAACGCAGACCACUAUGAUUUCUGUUGUGUUGGCAAAACUCCGCCGCCUGUGUGUGUGUGAUCGUAUUUUGGAUCAUACACACACACUGUACUGUAUGUGUAAGCACAUUCAAGUCAUGGCACGUCCGCAAUAAUAAUAAUUUAAAAAAAGAGCUAGCCAAAAUAAGCUAUUUGAUGUAAUGUAAAAAUUAGGCAUACUUUUUUUAUUAUUUUUUUUAUAUAUAUAUAAGAAAUCAUAAAUAUAUAAAUAAUUACCAACUUGGUGUGGUGUUGUGAUUAAGUUGAAAGUCAACCAAUGAAACUGUUUACUGUUCAAAGACCUUAACAUAUGUCACUCUCCGGCCCUGUAGACGUUUGUUAAAAGGAAAUGUAUAAUACAGGAAACCAACGGUACAAACAUUUGACAGUGCAAAACAAAGUUAAUUUGAGGUAGGUUUUUGUAACUAAGUUAUUAUCAUAUUAUCUUUUAUGUACUAUAAGAUGAAUCCAUGAUUUUUAUUCAUUUUAAGACCUAUAUAUUAAGCAUCCUAUGCAAACCAUCACAGUUGUUUUCAAGUUCUAGUGUGUAUAUUUGAUUCUUCUUUUCUUUUCUUUUCUUUCAUUCCUGUUGUUGAUUAGAAGACUAUAUUCUAUAGCAGAUGAAGUAUUAGGCCUAUAUCCCUUCAGUGAAGGACCAUUCUUGUUCUAGUAUUACAGCUUCCUUUUUAAGCUAUUUAUUUUUGUAAAGUUUUUAUCUUGGAUAUGUUAUUAAAAUGGCAAAUGCUGCUGUCAUUUGGGAUUAUUUGUCAUGAAAAGGUCAAAUAAAGACAUUUAUGUCAAAAUGUU